AUGGUAUUUUAUCGCGACAUUAGAUUUGAAAAUCAAACAUCAAAAAUACCAUUUCGAGAUCAUAAUUUCUCUAUUACAAUUGAGACAUCAGCCAUUAGUCCGAAUCAGCAACCGAUGCUAUUAGCAUCACUUUUUUUUAAUGAUCUUAAUGAUCAACGAGCAAGCCAAUUUCCUGCAAACAUUCGUUGUAAAGAUGAAACAAACAACAAAUAUCUACCAAACGGAAUGAGCUUUCAACUUUUGUUCCCUAACAAAUACGCGGUUUAUUUUGAUGAUGAAACACGCAAACUCUGCUCAUUCACCUCUACAAUAACUAAUGGUGUAAAUGCUUAUAAAAUUCUUAAAUUUGAUUCAAGGAAUGAAAAUAACAUGGACUUGAGCUG